AUAAAGACCGCGAUCCGCGACCGAGGGCCCCGCACUGCUGAGGAGCGGAGCCUCCGCCACGGGGGCCCCCAUCCCUGGCUGUCCCCCAACUGCGCGUUCCCGCCCCACCCCCGCGGCCGAGCCGCCACUGGUGCAGUGGUCUCUGCUUGGCGGAGGGAGCCUUGAGCUUCGUUCCACAGCCUCUUUGCAUCUUGGAUUUCGGGGCGGCCCCCUCCCCCACCUCUCCCUGCCUUUUUGUACCCCGCUUUUUUCUGCGUUUUGCUUGGUUUUUGUAGCCGUCUAUUUUUGCACCCCUUUUCGCUUUGCUUCUAGACGGUUUGGGGGGUGAAGCUGCAUUCAUACCCCUUCGUCUUGUUAUUCUCCCCUGCUCUGACAGCACCCCUUUUCAUCGCAGUUGGGGGGCCUAGGAUCGGUGCAUCUUCCGCCGCGCUGCCAGCACCCCGCAGCGCGUGGCCGUGCACCCCGGAAUUUGCAGCAGCUGCAUAUCUGCGGGGGGUCUCCUUUGCCCCCGCCGCCUUCGCUCCCCGCGCUUUUGGGUGUGUGGAGGGCUACAGCGCGCGGCGUCCCCGCUUCUCCGCAGCCCCCAGCCCCGGGCCGGGACUCGCCCCGCGCCGCCAAGAUGGUCAUCCAGAAAGAGAAGAAGAGCUGCGGGCAGGUGGUUGAGGAGUGGAAGGAGUUCGUGUGGAACCCGAGGACGCACCAGUUCAUGGGCCGCACCGGGACCAGCUGGGCCUUUAUCCUCCUCUUCUACCUCAUCUUUUAUGGCUUCCUCACCGCCAUGUUCUCCCUCACCAUGUGGGUGAUGCUACAGACCGUCUCCGACCAUACCCCCAAGUACCAGGACCGACUGGCCACACCGGGCUUGAUGAUUCGCCCCAAGACUGAGAACCUUGAUGUCAUUGUCAAUGUCAGUGACACUGAAAGCUGGGACCAGCAUGUUCAGAAGCUCAACAAGUUCUUGGAGCCUUACAACGACUCUAUCCAAGCCCAGAAGAAUGAUGUCUGCCGCCCUGGGCGCUAUUACGAACAGCCAGAUAACGGAGUCCUCAACUACCCCAAACGUGCCUGCCAAUUCAACCGGACCCAGCUGGGCGACUGCUCUGGCAUUGGGGACCCCACCCACUAUGGUUACAGCACUGGGCAGCCCUGUGUCUUCAUCAAGAUGAACCGGGUCAUCAACUUCUAUGCAGGAGCAAACCAGAGCAUGAAUGUUACUUGUGCUGGGAAGAAGCCCCAUCACCAUAGAAACAAGGGGAAACUGAUUCCUGAGGAUGGGCGAGAUGAAGAUGCUGAGAAUCUCGGCCACUUCGUCAUGUUCCCCGCCAAUGGCAACAUUGACCUCAUGUACUUCCCCUACUAUGGCAAAAAGUUCCACGUAAACUACACACAGCCCCUGGUGGCCGUGAAGUUCCUGAAUGUGACCCCUAAUGUGGAGGUGAAUGUAGAAUGUCGCAUCAACGCCGCCAACAUCGCCACAGAUGAUGAGCGAGACAAGUUUGCCGGCCGCGUGGCAUUCAAACUCCGCAUCAACAAAACCUGAGGCCCCUUCCUCCCACCCCACCUCUCUCCUGUGGAUGCUCCUGGAAUGUCCCUGACCCUGCCUGAUCCCUCCUUCACCCACCCCAAAGGUAUUUUUGAUAACAGAGCUAUGACUUGUCUGAGCCUCA